AUUUUAUAUCCAACUUGGACCCGUACUCUCUGCCGGACUCAUGUACUACGCUGUUGAUUACUACGCGGAUAUGGGACAAAUCUCUCAAGAUUGUUUCGAUGCAAUGAAAACCGGAAAAUCUGACCUAGAAAUGGAUGAGCUGGAUGAUUUGGAUCAAGUCACCCAGGUGAUUGGCUACCAUCCCCAGUUCCACGAUCACUUUCUGCGCACCCAGAAUUUCAUUAUGAAAGGAGACGGACCGCUGCCCAAUGACUACAGAUACUAUUUGGCCAUAAUUGCAGCUGCUCGGCACCAGUGUCCGUAUCUGGUGAAGCGGUACGAGAAGGAGUUCAUCAACCAGGGAGGAGACAGCGCCUGGCUGGACGGCCUGGACUUUAUACCCGCCAAACUACGUGCCAUAUACGAUAUCAAUAAAAUAUUAGCCCAUCGUCCGUGGCUGCUGCGCAAGGAGCACAUCGAGCGACUCACGAAGGGAAAGAAUAGCUGGUCGCUGUCGGAGGUGGUGCACGCCAUGGUCCUGCUAUCGCAUUUCCACUCGCUAUCCUCCUUUGUGUUUUCCUGCGGCCUCACCCAAAAGCUGGACGGGCUGUCUAGUCCCAAAUUGAAGAGUCCGCCGGCGGUGGUUGCGCCCCAUGAGCCGGCAAUCCUGUGCCACCCGAGCGCCAGCAGCAACCCCACCAUCACCAUUUCCCCCAGCACGCCGUCGGACCCGCAGAAAACCGUACUGGCGGAGAUCUCGCUCAACAAUGCAAAGCCGGAUUACAAUAGCCAAACCGCAGCGAGCAACAAUGGAGGAGCAGAGUCCGGCUCUGGAAAUGCGCCCGGAGGUGGAUCCGAUGCUACGGCCCUCAACGGAUAUUUGGCCACGGCCCAGCAGUUGCCGCAGCAGCACGGAAUCAGCGUGGAGACGCUGAUGGAACGCAUGAAGGUCCUGUCCCAGAAACAGGACGAGUGCAGCGAGGCCGAGCUGAGCAGUCGCUUCCAGAAAGUCGAGCAGCAGACCGCCGAGCUGGCCGCCGUGACUCCGGAGGCGGCUGUGGGCGUGCCAACAAAUCUGUCGCAUUACGUGGACGAUGCAAACUUCAUUUACCAGGACUUUGCCCGCCGCGGCACCGAAAACAUCAACACAUUUCGCAUACAGGACUACUCCUGGGAGGAUCACGGCUACUCGCUGGUGGACGGGCUGUACAACGAUGUGGGCACCUUUUUGGAUGCCAAGUUUCGGGCCGCCUACAAUCUGACCUAUUGCACCAUGGGCGGCAUCAAGAAUGUGGACACUUCCAAGUUUCGUCGGGCUAUUUGGAACUAUAUCCAGUGCAUCUAUGGCAUUCGUCACGAUGACUACGAUUAUGGUGAAGUGAAUCAGCUCCUUGUGCGUCCUUUGAAAAUGUUUAUUAAGACAGCCUGUUGCUUUCCCGAGCGUAUUACAACCAAGGAUUAUGAUAGUGUGCUGGUCGAGCUGCAGGACAGUGAAAAGGUUCAUGUGAAUCUAAUGAUAAUGGAAGCCCGCAAUCAGGCCGAGUUACUCUAUGCUCUGCGCGAGAUAAUGCGCUAUAUGACUUGAUCUCAUUAAGUGAAUAAACAUACGUAUAUAUUACACACCCACAUACACGAACCCAACAAAAACCACUCAACUACACCCACACAUAUUACACAAUACACAACAUACAUGCAUAAAACAUUUUGUUAUUUUGAGAGUGCAUAAAAAAUUCAGCGAAAAAACGGAAACGGAUACGAAAUCAGUAGGAUCUGAAAAGGCAGGAAUUAAAUACAAAAACCCCGAGUUUAAUACAAUUUGUGAAAUGAGAGAGAUAAACGUUUGCUUUUCGAUGUCAAUACAUGUGCUAAGCUUAAAUAAGCAGCAGUUAAUAGUCAUUCAAUAUCAGUGUCCAUUAAAUUCAUGUGAAACGUUUACUACUCAAUUAACAAUUAACAAUAGUCUGUGUCUAUGGUUAGCCAACACGCAAUUUAAUCACGUAUACAAACAGCCACAAUCCAAAAAUGAAAAACAUAAUUGUUAAAUUAAGCUGAACUCAAAAACAAAACUUUCUGUCUGUUUCCUUUUCGUGAAUGUGCAAGCAAUAAUCACUGUACAUAUGUAUUAUGUUUUGUUUAAUUAUUUUAGCAAAAUAAAUAAAAUUUUUAUUUUAAUUAAA